AUUCAGAGGUUAGUAAACAUGAUUCUGUGAACUCCCGCCAUUUUUCUUUGAUCUCUAACGUUAUUUCUUGGUCCAGCGAAGAAUAAGUUUGGAAACAUUUUUACAACUAUUUUAAACUUAUAAAAGUGUACAUUUUAAUUUAUUGCAUUAUAUUUUACAUUGUUUUUCACGUUAUGAUAAGGAAAAUCAUAGUAUUUAAAAAAAAAAGAAGAAUCAUCAUAUUGUUGGCUUUGUGAAAGAAACAAUCGUGAAAGUGUGUGUGUAGAGUGAGUACAAUUUAUAUAUGGUGUGUUGGUAGUAGUGAGUCAAAUGGAAGAUUAAUAAUAAUAAAAACAAAAACAAAAAAAGAAAAAUUUUCUUUUGUUAAACAUUAGAAGAGUUUUCUAAAAGCGAAUAUAUUUAAUUGCAUCUUUUUGAUGCAUGAUGAACACUCCAACCAGAGAAUUUUUAAGAAGACCAGACGGAUCACGUAGAAGAUCUGCACGUCAAGCUUUAGCUGUUAUUCCUAAUAUUCCUGGUAUGACACUUUCACCAGGUGAAAUACUUUCCAUUGAGCAAAAUUCUAUGGACAACGUAAUUAAUAGUCGACAAACUUCAGAUUCUUGUAGUCCAGCUCCUAGUCCUGACGAACUUGUUAUUCAAAAACGCGGAAGACGACGAAGGACUAUUGUCUGGUCACCAGAUCUGGAUGCUUGUAAGCGUGACAGCUUAUUAAGUUUAAGUUCCAAGGAUCGAACUCCUGUAAAGAGUCCAACGAAAGCAACCAUGUUAUUAAGAAGUACACCUAGAAAGAGAUUAUCUCUUGGCGAUGAGUCUAGAUUUAGUUUAUCGGAGAAAAAGAAGAGAACACCUUCAAAAUCCACAAAUCUAAUUGAUACUUCAGUACAAAAAAAGUUCAAUGGAAAUUUAAUAAAUGGAUUACGAGGUCUUAGCCAUGAUCAGUUGAUCAAACUUAUUACAGAUGUAAUAUCUAUGCAAGAAAGUGGUACCCUACGAGAAGAUGACAAAUUAAGGGAUGUCUUUAUGAACAAAAUACCAAUAGCGGAUAUACAACCGUUGAGAGAAAAACUUUGUAAUUUGAGGCAAAAUGUUUUUGCUAGUCUUGUAUCCUCUGAUGCAGAUGACUGUGCAUAUAGUCGUGCAUACAUACAUUUAGAAGCAUUUCAAAAAGCAGUAAUUGAUCAGGGGAAAAGACUUCUAGAAUCGCAACAUUGGUCAUCUCUGAUGCAAUAUGUUUUUGCAGCAUGGAAUAUAACUAAAGAAUUACCUGAAUGGGAAAGUCAGGGUUCAGGUAAUACUACUUAUAAAUGUUUCAAAAAUUUAGCCAUAUUGUGUAAUCGUGCGUUAAUGGAAGGACGUUUCAAUUUACCAAUGUUGAAUUUGUACAGAGAGAGAUUGGAGAUCAUGGCAAAAGACUGCGAAGAAAUAAAUGCAUGUCUUCAGAUAUUAAAAGAUAGCAAUCCGGUUAUUGUCUAGGUAUAUUUAAAUUCUAAUUAAUUUACGUACCCUUUUUUUUUUAUAUACGUUGACCCAAAAAUCUUGAAGUUAAUUUAGAAUUAUUCAUUUUUUUCUUUUUUUUUUCUUUUUGUUUUUGUUUUCUUUUUUUGCAGUG